UGGCCAAGAAUAAAGAUGUCAAUAAUUUUAAUCAUUUAUUCAUCAACUUUUCCUGAAAUUCCUUUUAUAUCACUUUAAAAAUACCAAAUUAAACUUAUGAGUUCUAGUGCUUUAUGCCGGUGCUGCCUAUCGCAGCCGCCAGAUAAAGACUUACAGUCGCUUUACGUAAGACUCGGGAAAGACUGCGAAAACGUAAUGUAUGUAGAAAUGUUGGAGGAAUGUUUUGGAAUCAACUUAUCACUAGAGGGGGCAGAAAGUGACAAUGGCAUAUGUGAUGUGUGCAUUGCCAGACUGCAGGACGCGAGGGCCUUUAAACACCAGGUACUGCAUUGCCAAGAGGAGUUCCAGUUGAAGCUGAUGGAAACUAGUGUGGACAAGGUUGAACCCGAAAUCAGAGAAGAAUACUCGGAUACGGAUGACAACGGUAUUUAUAUUAACUUAGAGCCAAAAGAAGAAUUAGUGUCAGAUUUCGAAGAUUUUCAAGGCAAAGGCGAACUAACGGAAAGCAUCAGCAUGGACGAUGUGCCACUCAAAACAAUUGCAAAAAAAAGUUUACCAAGAACAUCCAAAAAAAGAAUACUUCAUAAGAAAAGUGGGAAGGAUACAGAGUCUAAUACAGCGUCUACCUUCACACUGACCUUAGACAAGGAUGGCACACCACUGUACACCUGCAAUAUUUGUCAGAAUGUCUAUAGAAAACGUAACAAUUUUUCCCAGCACUACAAACAUGUGCACCUUAGACAACGUCCAAAAUUGCGAAGCUGCCAUCUUUGCAGUGUCAAAGUGCCCGGAUACAUGCGAGCUUUUCACAUGGAAGAGCACGGCUUACCAGCACCAUCUUGCGGUGCUUGCGGUAAAAAGUUCGCCUACCCAUUCCAAGUUCUGCAACACCAAAAAUUCUACCACAUGGGUGAAGCUGAAUAUCAUUGCGAACCUUGCAAUUUGAAGUUUAAAUCACGCGGUAAAUACAAUCACCAUCUCAUCAAGCACAGAGAUGAAAAAGCAUAUAAGUGUGAGCUUUGUGAUAAGGCUUUUAAAUGGAGAAGUGGUUUGAAAACACAUAUGUUGAUACAUAAUAACAUACGCCGCCACAUUUGUCACAUUUGCCAGGAAGCAUUUAUUCAGCAAAGCAGUUUGAAAUAUCACCUCAUGAAGAAGCACCCUGAAACAGUUUAACAGCUUUCAGAUUAUAAUAAAUUGGAAAUCAUGAUAGUCAAAUGGAAAUGAAUGGAUUUCUAAAUCUCUGAUCUGGUCUGGUGGGAGACUUCAGCCAGUAAAGCCGUGACGCCUAGUGAUUUAACAUUCUAGUACAAUGCUGUUUGGAAACCAAAGGGGUAUUGGUUUAAUAAAAACUGCCCUUCAAGUUUAGCUUGGUUCCAUCUUUGAGUGCAUCAUCACUUACCACCAGGUGAGAUUGCAGUCAAGGGCUAACUUUUAUCUGAAUAAAAUAAAAUUCAUGAUCCAUGGUACUUCGUAGAUAAAGCAUGUUCUUUCACACCUUCAACUUAGUGUGCUAACUUCGCAGCCAGCAAAAUGUAAAAUAUAGAAUGCUCUAAAUUCAGCAAACAAGUAUGGAACUCUAAAAAAGAAGACUAACAGAGGCCUAUUAAUGUCACUCCGCUGUCUGUCAAUCUGUCUGUCUGUGAGUCACAGCCCACAAGUCCUUACUUGUAGACAAAAUGGUAUUUGGUGUGAAAUGUUGACCAAAAAUCAAAUAUUGAAUUAGGAAUUCAAUCAGAUUAUUGUUCAGGGGGCUCCCAUACACCAAAAAGGACCCAGAAAAAUCUUAAAAAAUAAAAUGGAGGGGGAUCUCUAAAGUUCUCAGUUUUAGACAUGAAACCAUUUUUGGUGGCAGGGUCUAUUUCAAAAACUAGGUAUAAAAUUUGCGUAAGAUUAUGUAUGAUAUUAUACUGUAUUUAAACAAUAAUUAUGGGUACUGAAAGCAAGGAUUCAUAAAGUAGUUUGUAAACUAAUAUAAUAGGUAACCCUAAAAAAAUGAGGAACUUGCCAGUUUGUUUAGCUUAAUGUAAUAAUAAUGCAUUGUUUUAACAUUUUUAAAAUAAAUUUCUUUUUCUA